CAACUCUGAGUAUUUAUUUGUUUUUUUACACCGCCGGCCGUUCAUUAAUUUUGCUGCACUUGCACUUGCACAUUAAUUAACUCGCUAAUUGAAUUAAACUUCAACAAAAAAUGUCCGCAUCGUCGAAUCAGUGGGAAGUCGUGUCCAAAUCACGAAAACAAAAGAAUCUGGAAAAGAAAGUUAACGCACAUACGGAACAAAAACGGAUUGCCGCCCAGCUGCCCAAGCUAGAGGAACUCUUGCCAACGCAGCAAUAUCGCAAUCUUUUUGGGAACAUUAACAAUAAUAAUAACAACAACAACAAGUCGCAUUCACCAGCUAAAUCAACUUCAAGUGUCGCGUCCGCAUCAUCGAAAAAUAAAUCGCCACGCAAAACAAAUACAAAUGCCACGAAAUCAAAUGCAACGGAGACGACGACGACAACGAAGAAGUUAAAGCAAUCGACAACUAACCAAGGGAAACCCAAAACUCUCGAACAGGCCAUGAAGCAAAUAACACCCGAUGAUUUUGCCGCACAGUUGGCACAGCUGAAAAUCAGUUGCCCCGGCUCCGAAUUGCGUUGGUUGAGUAACAUUGCAAGCUAUCUCAACGGAGCGUUGUCCUUUGACUGUGAGCCCACCUUUUCGGGGCGUAGUGCCCAGUAUCCGAGUAACUUAGCUAGCAACGGGUUGAAACAGGCAAUUCUGGAUUUUCUACGCAGUGUGGGAGAAACGAAUUUGGAAUACUUUUUCUAUUCCUUGCUGGACAGCAUGGCAACGGAACUGAAUAGUGGCCAAAACGUGGCUGGCUACAAGUUUGUGCUGCAGUUGAUUGGCCAGAAUUGGCCAAGUAUAUGCUCGCAUAAUAUGGCCAAAACGGCGCUCUUGCGCAAUUCAUAUCAGAAUCGCAGCCACAUCUGUCUGAGCAUCAUGUGGGCCAUUGGCCAAGGAGGCCAUCAAUCGCUAACGGAAGGAGUUAAAGUUUGGCAAAAUCUCAUGUUGCCCAACCUGGAACUGAAGAGUUUUAGCAAAUUUGUCGUCGAGCAUAUUGAGCGUGUGUUGAAUGCAGCUGUUGCACGGAAAUCGGAAGAUCCUCUUCUAAUUAAUCAAGAGGAAUUCUUUGCCUGUUACCAUGCGUUGAAUGCACCGUACAACAACAUGUCCAAGGAGUUGCAACAAAGCCUUAAACGAAGCGCUUCCUUGCUGCUGCAACGGUACAUUGCCAGUCCGGUGAAGCAGGCCAACAUAUUCUUGACCCUGUUGCGUGAAAUUAACCCGAAUAGCAAACAACGCACUGAGAUCGAGGGUUGUAUUAGCUGUUUGUUGAGCAGUGGGGCCGAUGAUUGCUUUAAGGUCUGGCGCAUGAAUUACAAGAAGCAGCAGUUGCCCAGUUUGUUGCUCUUGCGGGCCAUUGACAACGAUUGGACGGAUUCGACCAAAUUGUUGGCCCAAUCGCAUGCUUAUCACGCCUUUUUGCAAGAUGUGCGCGGCUUAAACGUGGAACUGCAGGCGGCCAAACGUAAAGAUAUUUACGUUGAUGACUUGGAGACAAUUUUGAAGUCCGUACAAGAGAAGAGCACGGCACAACAAAAAAAGAAUAAACAGAAUGCGGCGCAAAAGAAGAAAUGCGGUUGCUGUAAAUGGGCGCUGGGCAGCAUUUUGAUAGUGGCCUUGAUUGCUGGCGCUCUCUGCUACGACACCGAGGUGAACGGCAAGGGUGUCUUUGAGAAAUCAGCGACUGGAAAGGUGCUGAAGAAUGCCGGCGUGCUGCCCCAUGUGCAACGCGGCUGGUAUGCCACAAUGUCCGCCAGUGCACGCGGCUACAAGUGGGCCGAGCAACAUGUGCCGCCCUAUGCUGAACCGGCGAUCAAGACCGGCGCCAAUGUGUGGAAGCUGACGCGUAAUGCCUGCUGCAAUGCCUAUACAAAUGGCCUAAACUACUGGCGCAUCAAGUGGCCGGCGAUGGCCAAGUUUAUUGAUCAAUAUGUGCCUGAUUUCUCGAAAAAACUGGAGGCAUUCGCUGCGGGCGCAAAGGAUGUGGCAGUCAACAGCUACGACAAAUCUGCUACGCUUAUCAAGGAGAAGGUGUUAGUUGGUCGCUUCUCGCCGGAGAACAUUAACCAGGCCCUGAAUCAGACGCGCAAUGCGGCACUUGAAUAUUACAAUCAGUUCCACAAAAAGGUCGAUGCGUAUGCCAAGCUUAAAUGAUUCUAAGCGUCCGGCACGUUUAGAAGAGAAUCAUCUCAAUCAGCAUCUAUUAACAACAACAACAACAAAAGCAUCAACAGAAACAACGCGUCAUAGUCAAAACUACAAAAUAGAAAAAAAAUUAUAGAAACCCAUUUAAAUGCAAUUUUUUCGGCAUAACAUCUAAAGUAGCAAGAAAAAACGAAAGAAUAUCAGCAAGAACAUUUACAAUACUUUGGUUACCUAACUCAGGUGAAACAACAACAACAAAAACAACAACUGCGGCUGCAACAACAUUUAUUGCAGCAGCCUUUCGUUUUGCUACAUUUAAUUAAAGAAAAUUAUAAUUAUACAAUUAGUAAAUUAAACACAUAAUCAGCAUUUAGUUGUAAAGUGAAGAAUAUUGUAUACCCUGUAAAUGAGCUCGCGAGCUGUUUUGUACAAUUUUUCCACGAGUAGGGAAAAUUUUUUUAAUUUGUUUACAAUCAUCGCGUCGCGAGUUUCGAUCAACGAAUUUCUUUUCCGCAAUAAACAAUUUAAUAAUGAUAACAAAAUCAAUUUAUACUUUUCUUCGAAAUUUUUUCUAAUGCAUUUUUGAGGUCAAGACGCGCAACGAAGUAAAUUAAGAACUCAAACAACAAACAUUUCCAAUUGCAUUUUAAAAGCAACAAAAUAAAGCAAGUAAUAAGUAAAAUAAAAAUGUUUAAACAAUUGAUAACUACUUUAGAUAUUUAAAGGUUUCUUUGUAAUGUUUAUCAAUUUUAGUUAUUUGUGUAUAUGCAAUUUUUAAGCAUUUUCUCAAAAGACUUUCAAUUACAAUGUGUUUUUUAGUCA